AUGUUAACAAUACCAUAUUCAAUUCAAAAUUUUUCUAAAUUUGAAGGAGAAACCAUAAGUGAUAUAAACUAUCCAAAAGUUCUUAUAGUUACAUUAGUUCGUAAUAAGGGACACACUUUACCUUAUUUCUUAAGCUAUCUAGAAAAUCUUGACUAUCCAAAAAAAAAUAUAUCGUUGUGGAUUCGUUCUGAUCAUAAUGAAGACAAUACUCUAACAGUUUUAAAAAAAUGGCUCAACAGAACUAAAAACUUAUAUUAUGAUGUUGAUUAUUACUUUAAAGAAGAACCCAAAUUUUAUAAAAAUGAAACAGUUCUUUGGCCAAAAGAAAGAUUUGAGCAUUUAAUUAAUUUAAAAGAAGAAGCAUUAAGCCAUAGUCGUCAAAAAAAUUGGGCGGAUUUUAUUUUUUACCUAGAUGCUGAUGUUUUCUUGACGAACCCGUUAACGUUAAAACAAUUGGUUCACUUCAAUUUACCAGUUGUAUCACCAAUGUUAAAAUCUGAAUCGCAAUACUCAAAUUUUUGGUGUGAAAUGGAAGAGAAUUACUAUUUCAAAGAAUCAUUUAAAUACUCAGUAAUUUAUAAAGGAUAUGAAAUUGAUAAUUUUAAAGUCUCAGUUGUACUGAGUGCGAUAUUAAUCAAUUUACGCGAUCCAACCACUGAAUGGUUAACAUUUUCUUUAGAAAAACUGCAUGAAAACCAAAUCAAACACGAUCAUUAUACAGUUAAGUAUGAUGGACCAUUUGAUGAUGUCAUAAUUUUCGCAAUGUCGUCUAAAUAUUUUGGUAUUGAACAAUAUAUUAGCAAUAUUUUUGAAUAUGGUUACAUUGUGCAACCAUUGCCAGAAUAUCAAAACCUUAAUUACGAUAUGUUAUUGCUUGAGAAUAUUAAAAUACAGAUGAUAUAUGAAUUAGAAGAAAGUUUAACAUUAAAUGAUGAAUUAAAAGAAUUUGUUCAAUAUCCUGAACCAAACAAGCUUUCUUUUGAUCAUAUAUAUAUGAUCAACUUAAAUCGUCGUCCAGAAAGAAAACAUAAAAUGGAGUUGCAAUUCAGAGAAAUGGGAUUAAUCGUUGAAAGAUUUGAAGCUACUGAUGGAAGAGAAAUAAAAUUUGAUGAUCUUGAGUCAAUGGGAGUAAAAAUUUUACCAAAUUAUGAAGAUCCAAUAUUACGUCGAAAAAUAAAAAUUGGCGAAAUCGGCUGUUUCUUGAGUCAUUAUAAAAUAUGGGAAAAAAUUAUUGAGUUAGGACAAAAAGAGGUGUUAAUCUUUGAAGAUGAUGUACGAUUUUUUCCUUUUUUUCGAACAAAAGCGUUUCAUUUAAUUGAAGAGGCUAGAAAAACAGCAAAUUGGGAUAUAUUAUAUUUGGGACGUAAACCUCUCAAUCUUGAAAAUGAAAAGUGGGCAAACAGUGACAAAACUCUAAUUUAUCCAGGAUGGACUUAUUGGAAUUUGGGCUAUGCUGUAACUUUAGAAUGCGCGAAAAAAUUGGUGGCUGCUAAACCUUUAGAAAAAAUGCUCCCAGUAGAUGAAUUUAUACCAAUAAUGUUUGAUCAACAUCCAAAUAAUACAUGGAAAACAUACUUCGAAGAUCGCAAUUUAGUAGCGUUAAGUGUAUAUCCCACUAUUUUAGAGCCAGGAUAUUUUUUUAGUGAGGAAAAAUAUGUAUCAGAUACGGAAGACUCUAUUAUUAUAGAAGAAGAUGAUUAUCAUCACAACUGGAAAAUAUAUAGUGAUGAAUUAUAA